AGGACGCUUGCAAGUCCACCCUGGCCACCACAUUAGCUCGAACUAGCGCCAAAAUAUCUGCUCUCAUAUAACAAUAUUUAUUCAAACAGCAAUGGUUGUAAGCUGCUGGGAUACUAAACGUUAACGUAACUGUCGCGAGGUUCUAACAUGCACGCAAAAGAACACCACGAGUACAUUUUCGUGCUUGGAAUUUGUAGCCUACAUGCUAGCUAGUGUUGUUAAGUGAUAUUAACUAAUGUUAACUGUAAUCUCAUGACGUGGAAUAACUAGUCCUAAAUGCGAAAGAAGCUGACUUCAUGGCUGACGGUUGGAGUACAGAUAACGGAGAGGCGGUUUACCGUUCUCGAGAUGCUAUCAAAAACCUCAAGAUAAGGGUGAAGAUACAGCGUGUGACGUCUACAGCAGCCCUCUCUCAGCACCUGCAGAAUCAGGUGUUAACGCAGCAGGACAGAGGAGUCAUAGAGCUGGACACAUUCAACUCUCAGUUCAAAUCAGGUCCUGAUGAUGAAGAGGAGUUGGUUGUUGGCUGGCAGGAGAAGCUCUUUAGCCAGUAUGAGGAGGAGUUGUACCAGUUGGACACUGCGUGCCAGACGCCACUGGAGAAGCAGUAUCACGUCGAGAUCCUGGCUCUGCAGCGCGGGAAAGGACGAAGAAACCGACGCAUCUUCACAUACACAGACUUCGACCGUUUCACAAGCAAUGACCAGCACAACCUGAAUCCACUCACACAGACAGAUAUUGCCCCAACGUUUCUGGCAGAACGGAUGGCCAACAUCAGACACCGCAAGCCAGAGAGACGAACUUUGGAUGCCAGUGUGGCUAAGGCUCGAGUGGUCACCUGGGAGCCCACGGAGGAGUUUGUGAAGAGCAGCCACAUCAUCAACACCACCGUCCAGACCAUGCACAUCAUGGCCAACCUGGGGCCCAGUGCACAGUUGGGAGACCAGCAGCAUGAGUAUGUGCUGUGUACCAUCAGAGUGGACAGUAACGGAGUCAUCACCAUCAAACCAGACUUCAACAACAGCAAAGGCACUUACAGGGUGGAGACGGGUGGGGAGAGAAAGGAGGUGUGGCGCCUCACUCUGGUCAACGCCUCAGCAGGCAUCAGCCUGGAGGAGAAGGACAGGGAGCACCGCAUGUAUAGAGACCUUUAUGUUCGGCACAGAGAUUACCUCAACAGUCUUGUUGGCCCUGACUUCGAAAUGCCUCCCCAUGGAGUGUUGAGACUGCUUAUAAACGGGGAGAUUGUUUCAGCUAAAGGCUACGAAUAUGACAACCUGUACAUCCACUUCAUCCUUGACCUUCCAAACAAUUGGUUUGGUCUGCCGUUCGAAAGCCUCUCAGGAGUCACACAGACGUGUCAGACACGCACCUUGGGAAAGGACAAUGUGGCGUUCUUCUCCUACCCUUUCAGCUUUGAGACCUUCUUCCAGGCCGAUGAAGAUACGGAGGAGUGCCUUCCCCAGUGGCCAGUGCUGUACUUCAAGGUUCUCUCCCUGGACUACUGGCAGCGCUAUCGGACGGAGGGCUACGGCUAUGCCGUCAUCCCAUCUAACCCAGGCUACCACAGCGUGACGUGUCAGACGUGGAGGCCCCUCCAGAACGGCACGGUGGCAGAGCUGAGACGCUUCUUCAUCGGCGGCUCUCCUGAGCUGGAGGACUACAGCUACGUGCGGAUACCAAACACAUUCAAGGGUGAGAGACUGAGUCGUUUUGGCUUUCGCACUGAGACUACAGGGAGUGUGACAUUCACUCUCAACUGCCUGCAGCAAGCCAGGGCUUUUAUUGACGCUAACUCGCUGACGAGAAGAAGGCAGGCGGUCAUGGAUCAUCUUGGGGACCACAGUCAACAGAAAUCUCUACAGCAGAUCAUGGAGCUGUUUGAGGCGGCGCGUAAACGGAUGCGAGCGGCCAGAGAGGGCUUUCUGGACAUCACCGCCAGUGGCUCCGAGUCCGCUGCCUAACCGCAUCACAGCAUCACAGCAGCAGCAUACAGUAUAUCACGAAAGUAAAUACACCCCUCAGAGUUUUUGCAGAUUUUUGAGUAUAUAUUUUCAUAGGAAAGCAUUACAGAAAUUUCACUUUGACACAAUGAUUAGUGACCAUUUAACAACUUAUUCAACCGCUUAAAUUUCUUGUUCACUCAGAAAAAAAACAAAAUACAGCCAUUAAUGUUUGAACAUGUACUCACAAAAGUGAGUACACCGCAGAUUAAAAUCCGGUAAAGAAGGGGCUGUGUUUGCUCGAAUCGUCUCAAAAUGAAACGAAAUGAAAAGGGAUGAAAAGGGAGGUCAUCAGUGUGCGUUUCAACCUUUCUUUGCAUUGAACUUUUACAUUUUGAGUCUGCAUCUGGCUUAAAUAGAUUGGUAUGAGAUUUGAAUGCAAUCCUAUGGAGAAUAUCAUGAUCUGCUUCAGUAGUCACAAUGCAUGUUGACAUGCAUGUUUCUUUUAGGUGUAUUUCAGAUUGACAAUGUUGACAGCAUUCAUGCAUCCCCUAACCAAGUCAGUCCCACUACCAUGCUUGGCUAUUGAGAGGAUACGCUUUUUUGGUAAAACUCACUUGUUUACCACCACACAUGCUUGACACCAUCUAAAGCAAAUUUGUUUAUCUUGGUCUCAAGAGAGAUGAACAGACCAAGGAUAUGGAUCACUGGAACCAUGUCGUGUGAUCUGAAGAGGUGUGUGUGUGUGUGUGUGUGUGUGUGUGUGUGUGUGUGUGUGUGUGUGUGUGUGUGUGUGUGUGUGUGUGUGUGUGUGUGUGUGUGUGUGUGCGUGCGUGCGUGCGUGCGUGCGUGCGUGCGUGCGUGCGUGCGUGCGUGCGUGCGUGCGUGCGUGCGUGCGUGCGUGCGUGCGUGCAUGCGUGUGCCCGUGUGUGGAUGUGUGUGUGUGUGUGGGGAUGUGUGUGCGUGCGUGCGUGCGUGAGAAAGAGAGAGAGAGCUCUCCUCUCACCGCUGUAAAAAAGUGAAAGACAGUCCUAUAGACUGGCGGGGCCAUAGAUUGUGCUGUCAGCACAUAUUAAGAGAUGUUGUCCUAAAGCGACCUUCUAUAUGGCCAUAUUGAUUAUGUACAUGGAUUUUUAUAUUGUAUAUUGGGCACUUCCAGAACUGUAGUUACGUAUGUAUUUUUGUGCUUUUGUAAUUAAAAAGUCCCUCUGUUUUGA